AUGAACGAGGCUUGCUUCGAUGCGAACCUCAAGGCCUCUUCGUCUGGUCGCUCCGGCAGCAGGGGGCUGCCCGCCAGGGGCCCCUGCGUCCAUGGGCCUGGCGUCUCGGAGCGUGGCUCGGCAGAGCCUCUCGGGUCUUUGACGGGAGGGCGUGGUGGACUCCAGGAGAACUGCGCUGCCUUUUCCCGUGCUCCACAGCAGGUGUCCACGCUCGCCAACACACAGGAGGAGGACGCCGCAUCCGUGGAGACGAGGGAGGUAUACGCUGGCAUUUUGGAACGCUAUCGGGCGCUUCUGUACUCGCUCACACCCGUGAGCGAGAAGGCGCAAGGGACCGGCCGUCUGCGCCACCACAUCGACGCGGAAGAAGGCGGCGCAGAUGCAGGGUUGGAUCCUGCAGGGAUGCGCUGCAGCGCAUGGAGAGACGAACUGAACAAACGAAAUAUGAUUGAGUUCGUUGUGGCUAGCGAAGAAGGCCUUCGUCUCUGCAGCACGAAAAGGUUCGUCGACAUUGCAGCACUGGUUGUCCUUCGACUCCACCUGCCGCCGUCUCUCCUGUCCCAGUUUGUCCACACGCUCGUCCAGGUCUCUCGCGACUGCGCCGCCCUCCAGCCGCUCUUCGCCGCCUGUGAAAAACUCGCUCCUGCCCCAGACGAUGGGUCAGCCGCAGGGCGGGGCCCUGCCUCUUCUCUCGGCUUGCCUCCCGCUCUUUCAGCGGGCGAGGAACUCACCCUCGCAGGGCGACAUGUAGGCGCUGUCUGGGGUCUUCCGCGUUUGAUGAACCUCUUCCUGACGCUCUGCGCUCUGGAGCGACGUGGUGUUGCUCGGGAAAUCGAGGGCGCCGCGAGCUUGCGAGAGAUGGUCACCUUGGGGUUGCUGGCAAUCGUGAAAGACGGAGGGAGUGAAGUGUCCUCGAUGUCGCUUGCUCAGGUCCUGCAAGGCAUUUCGGCGACAUCGACAGCUGCGCAGGAUGGCGGCACCGGCAAGCAGCUUGCCGGUGCUCUCCAGCGAGCUCUCGGUUGGCGCUUGGAACAGGAGUUCUGUCUUUCGCAGGGGGCUGAGGAGACUGCCGCCCCAGACGCAGAAAAUCUUGCUUCCCGGGUGGACUUCCUCUGCGAGACCUUGCACGCAGUGAACUCAUGCGACCCUGUGGACCGCUCUCUUCUGGCUGCGCUAGCGCAGAGCGUCGCGGUCUUAACUAGGGACGUGGCAGCCGAGCAAGCGCGUCUGCAGCUUCGUCUCUCGGAGGACCCCCACCGCGGUGGCGAACCUUUGACGUCCCGGCUGCAAAGUGACGCGGCUCUCAUGGCUAGCCUCGCCCGCUGCGUCAUGGCGUCAAAACGUGCCUCUUGUAGUCUUUCAGCCGACUUGAAUGCGGAUGCGGCGACGACGCAGAGGCAAACGGCCGUGCAGGGACCCCAUGCAGAGGAUGGAGCAGAAAUUCGAAGCCUCUCGGAGAUGCACGAGUAUCUUGUGCACGCAUUUGCGGUUCUUCACACACAGCUGCUGAAGUCGGCACGGCAAGCGGUUACAGCAGACGCGCAGCUGCUGCGCGAGGGCUUUUCUGAGAAUCUUGUCCGCGCCCUUCAGUGUUCGCUUCGGGCCGUGGUGUAUCUACAACAGAGCACGCGUGACCAAACAGCUACGGUGAAUCUCCAUUCCGGUGCGAAGCACACUCUUGAGAGCCUCGACGCUUUGGUUUUCCCGGCAGUGGACUUCCUCGAGUGUCUGUUCUCUCCCGUAACUAGACACGUCGCGAAUCCCUCGUCCUGGCGCUCAGAAACGACAUCCAAAACCGACAAAGAUCUUUUCGCUGCGGCGGCCAAGGGGUGCGUGCCUUACCCGCGAGCUCCACCCAACUCUCCCUUCACAAUUCUGGCGACCACAGCUCGCCAGUCCUCUCCUGUCUCUGCGUGCACCCCCCUAUCGGAAGUAGACAGGGAGCCACGACAGUCUGAGACGCCCUCGUCUGCCGACGAUCGGCAAGAGCGGGCACGUCUGCGUCUGCUUGACGAACUGUUGGGAGAGGGAGGCGUGCUUCAAUUGGCGUCCAUCUUGCUACUCCAGUCGAAAAAAGGACGCACGAAGCUCGACGAGUUAGUUCGCCCGCUCCUGCCGCAGCUGCCGAAGCCGCAAUUGCUUCAGCUACUGAAGAUUCUGUCACAGGUUGGCCUGUUGCCUGUACUUGCGGAGGCGGUGCCCGCUGCCUCUUCCGGCGCUCCAGCUGCAUCUCCCUUUAGCGGACCCCCGGAUCAUUCGCCGCCGGAGAACUCCGCAGGCUCUUUCCUCGCAGGGCAGUUGGCAGCGCGGCUGGCGGGAGAUGGCGAGACUGACACACGGCCGCAAGACAUCCAGGCGAGACCGGGAUCAGGCCACUGUGAGGAACCCGCUGGCUUAGACGCGGCGGCGGCGGACGCGAAGAUAAAGGCAGAAAGUGUAGCUCAAAGGGAUAGGCUCGGUGGUGCCCUCGCUCACGAGGGCGCGACGACAUACGACGAACACGAAUCUGACGAGGGCACCGUGGACACGCCGUCAGACGUGUGGUCUGAGCCGUCACCUGUUGCCGUUUUUGACGCAAUAGUUAAUGAACUCGAGAGACAGCGGCGAAGCAGCAGCGCAGCAAGCGGCAGGGGGUUACGUACGGGGGGCCAGACAGCAGAGCAGGAGGGUCUGGAUGUUGAAGACGUCAUUCUUCUCUCUACGUGCUUCGGAACGGAGGAGGUUGCGAAGCAGGUGCACCAACCUUCGUCUCUCCGUUUCUUCUCUGAUAGUUUGCCGCAUCUAGCUGCAGAGAGGCUGCAAGCGCUUGAGCAGGCACCGCCUAAAAACGAAGAGGGAAGCGGCCGAGCGACAGAAAGCAAAGCUCCUCACGACCGCGCCGCACUGUUGAUCUCUCGAGUCACACAAGCUGUGGAGGCGGUUCACCGACAUAGUCCUUGCGCGCAGCACUCAGCCGCCUCGUUUGCCACCGAUACGGAGCCAGCAGAGAGCGCCUCCCCUUCUGUGCCUUGCCCAUCGACUCAGGGGCUAGCGUCGUUAGAGAUGUCUCUCCUCUUUGAAGCCGCAGCAAAGACCUUCACCGUCUCGUCUCUUCGCGGCCUAUCACCGUUGUCCCUUAACCUCCUCCUCGCGGCCUCGUCUCGGGCGGCGUUCAGCCACACGCAGCUGCUGCGACGUCCAGAGCUCGGAGCGACUCCUGAAAAGGAGGAUGCUUGGGGUGAAACCGCGGACCAUGCGGAGGACGCUUUGAGAAUGUGGAAAGCACAUGCACAGCUUCACAACGCCGUGGCGACGUCGCUCAUCAUUGAGCGGCAGCCCGAUCACGUGCCAGAAGCUGGCCAGACCCGUUUGUUCCUGCUGUCGUAUCUCGGUCUGCUCGAGCUUCGGAAGCAACUUAUGUCUGCUCAAACGGGCUCCUCUGGACCGGCGGGCACCCCUCCUCCAGAGGCGCGGCUGUGCGCCCCAAUUUGGGCGCAAGAUCCGCACGCAGAGGACCUCUGGCUGGACGCACAGGAGACCUUUGGGAAGAGUUUGCGGCAAGUUGUUGCCUCGCUGGGGAGCCAGGCUCGCAGCGUGAACGCACCGUCAGACGAAGACAUUGCAGAGACGCUUCACGUUAUCAAGCUAAUCUCUGAUCUCUCGCCCGCAGCAGCGGCGCUUCUUGAGUCCAUGGGACUGCCACUUGGACAGCGCGCGGGGGCAGGCGAGAGCCGCGGCUCCACAGCAGCCAGCACCGGUUUUCUUAGCUCUGGCGCGGCUUUGCAGCAGCGGCGGGAACGCAUGAAGGCGUUCUUUGAGUUCUCCGGGACUCCCGAUAGACAGGCUGCAAACGGCACGUCGAGGAUCUCCUCAGAUAUCAACUCUGACUCAGCCAGGGACGCCUCACCUGUCAAGCCACGAGGCUUUUUCUCGCGCGUGUUUGGGCGCUGA